ACGCUACCUGACUCCCUUCUCUCUCCCUCCCUGCCUGUCCCAGAGCACUGACAAACUGCUUUUGUAGCUGCAUCACCUCUUGCGCAGCUGCCUUUCUGCUACCCUUCUUUUCUACCCUGUGUUUCCAUCUCUUUCACUUCUUUCCUGUCUUAUCCUCUCCCCCUGACUUUAUUGCCAAAAUGUACCGGAACCCGUGGAUCUCAAAUUACCUGAGUCAUGUCAAGUUUUGCAGCCAAGGACUUGGGAGUGACACCCCCAUUAAACUUGGCAAUCCCAGAUUGCUACAGAAGAGAGCUCUGAGCUUCCAGAAAGAAUUCUCCUUUGACGAAAAAGACGACCCAGCCAAAAGCACCAAGGAUAUAGAUGUUAGUCUCUUGUCCAAUCUCCCCAAAGUCUCUGAGUUGAGGAAACGAUUUGAAGGCAUUACCACAAGCGCAAGUGACUGGGAAAUGAACAGAAAGGAGCGUAUUGCUCGACGCUUGGAGGGCAUAGAAGGCGAGGUGCAUCCAUCUUUGCUGCCUAGCUUGGUGGCCAACCGGCUUCUGGAGGAGGAUACACCACGAUACACCAGGGCCUCUGACCCCUUUGAGCCCUGUGGUGUCACAGUCCAGCGGUAUGGCAUGGAGGGAUUUGAAAGCCCAGAAAUGCAGGUGACUGCUCCAGAGCGGCAGUCCAGAGCUCGAUGCAGGCCCGAUCCUCAGUCCUCCAUCCACACAGAGCCGGUCUACCGUUCAGGCUCCACCAACAGUGCCCCGGAGCUGGAGUCCAAGGCCGAACGCAUUGCCCGCUACAAGGCGGAGCGGCGCCGGCAGCUAGCUGAGCGCUAUGGCAUCUCUUUGGAUCACGAACCAGAUGUGGAUAUUCCCUCCCGCUACACUCGCACCCAAAAAGAGUUUGAAGGCUCAGAGAGACGUAAUAGAGGGGAGUCAGUUGAGGAGGAAGGGAGAGACAUCACCCUGAGUUCCUACAACAGCACCUCUGCCACUAGCCCAAGGGCAGGACGCACAGUGCCCCAGCAAGGCCACUUUGACCCAGGCUAUGAGAUGGGUAGAGUAAGAGUGGACUCAUUCUCAGAGAGAGAGAGGUUGAUGAACCUGGAAAAUCAACGCAGGGCUGCUCCUCCUGAGCUGCCAGCCUCUUCCUCAUACAUGGAUGUGACAUCACAGUCCUCCACUGCUAGGGUGCCUGCUAAGGACUAUUCAGUCACAGGGGUGCCACCCAGUUCACCGAAGCUGAGCAGGCAUGCUUCCCUCUCCUCACCUAAACAUGGUGUGUCUCCUGGGGACCUAUUCAUCGAGCAACAGGCCCACAACAUCCUCAGCAGACAGGGAAUCAGAGUUAGGGAGAGGUUUGUGAGGGAGGAAGGUCGCCAGAGGAGCCCAGAGCUGGGAAACGUUACGGACGUCCCAAUGUACCGCAGACAAUUUCAACACCCGUCCCAGACCUCUACACGCUACCACACAGACCCUCCAAGCCCCCAGCAGGUCUACUCUCACCACCAACCCCACCAUCACCCCCAGUCUCAGAUCACCCGAUCUGGGCCACCAGGAGGACAAGAAGUUGGCGGUUAUCCCAGUUACCUGUCCAUGACCUCUGGAGCUCCAACCAGAGCCGGGCAACAGCAGGAGGAAGAGACUGAGGAGUCAGAGGGUGUGAAGACAGAGGGCCUUCUGAAGAGUAGGAAAGCAGUACUGCCCUCAGAGAUCCGCCGCAGGGAGAGGAGCAUUGACGAUCCACGGAGAGGAAGGGGGGAAGAGGAGCUGGGGAUGUCCAGGCUGCAGGCUGAGACAGAAGAUCCUGUAAGAGGAGGACGCAGAGGCAGGUGGGAGGAAACAGCUGAGCCGCCCAGGCACACGGAGCACACCACCCAUCUGCAACCAGCGGAGAACAGGCCGAGAGAGCGCGAAAAUGCCAUUUAUAUCCACAAAGGGGUGGCCACCACCCACAUCCAACCCAGAGCGGCACAUGCAGGCCAAGGAAGCUCCACCUCCAGCACAGUGUUGAACCGCUCUUUGUCAGAUGCUGGAGGUCCACGAGCGCCCAGUCAGAGGAACCUGCAUCAGCAGGCCCAGGAUCCCCGAGAGGUCAAAGAGGGUGAAGGUUUCAGUAAUGGAGAGAGUCACCAGGACGCACGAGUGUCUGUGGCCCAGCUCAGACAUUCCUACAUGGAGAGCACCACCACCCCCCCAACCAGCCGCAGGUCUGAACUGUACGUUGCAAAUGAGAUGGAGGGCGAAAGGGCACUUGCAGGCUACGAGGCCCCAUGGAGAGGGGAGAGGGACAAGGGGCGUAGGCCCCGACAGUAUAUCUAUCCAGGGGAGAGUAGAAAGACUUCAGAGAGGUUUAGGACACAGCCCAUCACUUCUGCUGAGCGCCAGGAGACUGAUAGGUCCUGUGUGAGUUCAGAGUUUGUUUCCACUGAAGCUGAUGAAGAGAAGCUAGAUGACCGGGCCAAGCUGAGCGUGGCAGCCAAGCGCUCUCUCUUCAGGGAGCUGGAGAAGAGCAUUGAUGGUGGAGCUCCUAAACCGCGGUCAAGGAAUGCAGCGGUAGACAGGAGGCUAAGACGUACACAAGACCGAUCCAGAACUCAGCCAGUCACCACUGAGGAGGUGGUCAUCGCUGCCACCAUCCCCUCUCACGUGCCACAAACGGUGACUGUUCACACUGCUGUAGCACGCGUCCCUAGCCCCACCCUAGUUUGCAGUACUCUCCCACCAAACAGCCUGCAGGCAUCCUCGCAGCAGAACGCCGCCGCCAGGGAGCAGGCGCGGGAGGCCCGGCAGGUGCAGGAAACCCAGGAGGCUCAGGGCUCCAAGCAGGUGUCCAAAAUGGAGGGAAAAGACCAGAGUCAGGGUCAGAGUCAGAGUCAGAGUCAGGACGAGCCUGACCUCUGCACCCUCAGCCUGGCAGAGAAGAUGGCGCUGUUUAACCGGCUGGCUCAGCCUCCCAGCAGGGUUACUCGCACCAGAGGGGACACACGCCAGCGCAGGGCCAACGCUCGCUACCAGACGCAACCCAUCACACUGGGAGAUAUGGAGCAGCUUCAAAACAGUGCCGGCUCUCGGUUUGGACAUCUCCCCUCUUCAUCAUCCUCCUCUGCUCUGAGAGCCGGAGGCACUGUCUCUACUGACCACGCCGGAGACAUCCACAUACCCCGAGCAGCAGCCCGGGUUGAGGCCGCCCCUCCUAGCUCUGACAGGUCUCUGCCCCCUCCCCAAGCAGACAGCUCAGCCUGGAGGCCCCAGGAGUCCGCGGAGCAGCAGAAGCAGCCUUACCAGAUAGUGCCCCAGGAAGAAGAAGGAGCUGAUCUGGGAGGAGGGAAGAGGAAGCUGGCCUCUCCUGAGGGAGCAAUCAGGCAGGCAGCUCUGCCCCAGCCUCAGUCUGGAAGAGAGAGGAGGGAGGAGGAGGAGGAGGAGGUGGUGGAGGUGGAGCAGUGGCUGGCCAGACAGAGGAGAGACAGAGCCUUGCAGAGCUCAGAGAGCCACAUGGUAGAGGAGAGGCAGGAGCAGAGGGAGUAUCUGAGGGAGGAGGCACACUACCCAGCCAGGACCAUCAGUGGAGAGCUGCCGGAGCCCACUGUGGUGAUACCCAGAGCACCAUCUGGUUCGCCCAGGAGUGUGUGUCAGCCUCCGGCAGCGGACACAUACGCAGACGGUGGUGGACAAACAGCCAGCCUGUUUCAGCCUGAGUUGGACGACGAGCUAAGCGACAUGAUGACGGCCAGACACAUGUCCAUCAAAGAGAGAGUGGCCUUGUUAAAGAAGAGCGGCGAGGAGGACUGGAGGAACAGGAUCAAUAAGAAGCAGGAUGUGGUGAAGACUGCUGUGGGCGAACAGCACGCUCAGCUCUGGGAGGUGGAGCAGAGCUUCAAGAAGAAGGACGAUGAAGCACUGAUGAUGAUUGAUGACUUUGCUGUUUCCGACCAGCUAUGGGAGCCAGUCUUUUCCUCUACUUUCUCCCCUCCUCCUGAACCUCCUUUCCAUACUCCUUCCCCUGAUGAGUCAGCCAGCCAGGCCACCAGAUCUCCCAGACCCAUGCAGGUGGAUGAGAGACACCCCUGGAGACGGAAGAGAAUUGCUGAGAUGGAGUGUCAGCAGAUCGAUGCUCACAUGUCCAUCCAGGAGAGGAAACAGCAGAUAGUAGCCCAAGAGGAGGCCUGGAAAAGUAAAGGCCAUGGAGCCGCCAACGACUCCACCCAGUUCACUGUGGCUGCACGCAUGGUGAAGAAAGGUUUGGCCUCCCCCACUGCCCUGCAGUCUCCAGUGCUGUCCAAACCCAAGAACAGCAGCCCUGCCAUCUCCAAACCACAAGAAGAGAUCAAGGCCGUACCAGAUCUGAACCUGGAGUCAGACUUGAAGCUGGAUAAACUGGAGUCAUUCCUGGGCAAGCUCAACAGUAAAGUGCCUGGACUGCCAGAAGCUACCAUCACAGUGACAGAGAAGAAGGUAAAGGAAGUGAUGAGCCUCGAAGAUGAAACCUUUUCCAAGUUCUACCGCCACGUGGAGGAGCUGCCCACCAUCACCAACAAAGUGGAGAUAGAUGACAACUUUGAUGCCAUCUUUGGUCCCCAGGUGGCAAAGCUGACAUCGGAGAUGGUGCAGCACAAGCGAGCGGUGCGCCCGGCGCGUAAUGUCCAGGCAUCCAGGAACCCUCUGAAGAUGUUGGCUGCCAGAGAGGACAUCAGACACGAAUACACAGAGCAGAGGCUCAACAUUGGCCUGCUGGAGAGCAAGAGGAUGAAGGCAGAGAAGAUGAAUAAGAACUCUGGUUUCUCUGAGGUGGCCCUGGCUGGUCUCGCCAGUAAGGAGAACUUCAGUAAUGUCAACCUGCGCAGCGUCAACAUCUCCGAGCACAUGUCCAACAACAGCGCUGUGCCUUACAAGAAACUCAUGCUCUUGCAGAUCAAAGGCCGACGGCACGUCCAGACCAGGCUGGUGGAGCCCAGAGCGUCCUCCUUGAACAGUGGCGAUUGUUUCCUGCUCAUCACCCCUCACUUCUGCUUCAUCUGGACUGGAGAGUUUGCCAACGUCAUCGAGAAGAACAAGGCUUCAGAGUUAGCCAAUUUCAUCCAGAGCAAGAGAGAUUUGGGUUGCCGUUCUAACUACGUCCAGAUUAUCGAGGAGGGCAACAACACGCACAACCACACCGCCAAAGAGUUCUGGAAGAUCCUGGGAGGCCAGACGAGUUAUCAGUCGGCAGGAACACCAGAUGAAGAUGAGCUGUAUGAAGGUGCCAUCGUGGAGACGAACUGCAUUUACCGUCUGAUGGAUGACAAACUGGUCCCAGAUGAUGAUUUUUGGGCCAAGAUGCCCCGCUGCUCCCUGCUCAACCCAAAGGAGGUUUUGGUUUUUGACUUUGGCAGUGAGAUGUACAUAUGGCACGGGAAGGAAGUGACGCUGGCACAGAGGAAGGUGGCCUUCCAGCUUGCGAAGCACCUGUGGAACGGCACCUUCGACUACACAAACUGUGACAUCAACCCGCUCGACCCGGGAGAGUGCAACCCACUCAUUCCUAAGAAAGGCCAGGGUCGUCCUGACUGGGCAGUGUUCGGCAGACUGACUCAACACAAUGAAACCACCCUGUUCAAAGAAAAGUUCCUGGACUGGAGCGACUCCAGGAAAACACCCAGCCCCACAAAAAACAUCAACGACCACAUCACUGAUCAGAAGGAGCAGUCCACCUCCGAUCAGCCCCGUGCGUACGACGCCUCCCUGAUGCUGCCCCUCCAUCAAGCUCCAGUCUGCACCAUACUGGACGGGUUCAAUGUGGGGCGAGGCUAUGGCCUGGUGGAGGGGGAGGAGUGGCGGAGCUAUGAGGUCAGCACGCUGGCGGUGGAGGUGUGGCACAUCCUGGAGUUUGACUACAGCCGCCUGCCGCGCCAGAGCAUCGGCCAGUUCCACGAGGGCGACACCUACGUGGUGAAGUGGAAGUACAUGGUCAGCACUGCAGUUGGGAGGAGACAGAACCCGGAGCAGCUGAAGACGGCGGGGCCUGGGAAGGAGAAGUGCUGCUACUUCUUCUGGCAGGGCCGCAACGCUACUGUCAGCGAGAAAGGAACAUCGGCAUUAAUGACAGUGGAGCUGGAUGAGGAGCGGGGAGCACAGGUUCAAGUUCAGCAAGGCAAGGAGCCUCCAUGUUUCCUGCAGUGCUUCAAAGGAGGGAUGGUCGUUCACUCAGGGAAGAGAGAAGAGGAGGAGGAAAACUCACCGAAUGACUGGCGUCUGUAUUGUGUGAGGGGGGAGGUGGAUGUGGAGGGCCACCUGCUGGAGGUGGCCUGUCACUGCAGCAGCCUGCGCUCCAGGGUCUCGAUGGUGCUGCUGAGUGUCAGCCAGGCCCUCAUCUACCUUUGGCACGGCUGCAAGUCUCAGACUCACACACGGGAGGUUGCGCAUACCGCCGCCAACAAGAUCAAAGAACAUUGUCCUCUGGAAGCAGGUCUCCACAGCAGCAGCAAGGUGACCAUCCGGGAAUGUGAUGAGGGAGCAGAGCCCACGGGAUUCUGGGAAGCCCUUGGGAGGAGGGACAGAAAAGCGUAUGACUGCAUGCUGCAAGACCCAGGCAGGUUUAACUUCACACCUCGUCUGUACCAGCUGAGCAGCAGCUCUGGAGAGUUUGCAGCUGUGGAGUUUCUCUAUCCGGCCAGAGAUCCCAGGCAGGUCAACAGUAUGCCUUUCCUGCAGGAGGACCUGUAUGCAGCUUCCCAACCAGCCCUGUUCCUGGUGGACAACCACCAUGAGGUGUACUUGUGGCAGGGCUGGUGGCCUCAGGACAGCGAAAGCACCGGCUCCGCUCAAAUCCGCUGGGACUCAGACAGGAAGUGUGCCAUGGAGACAGUGCUGCAGUACUGUAGAGAAAAGAAUGACAAAAAGCCUCCCAAAGCGUAUCUGAUCCACGCUGGUCUGGAGCCACUCACCUUCACCAACAUGUUCCCCAGCUGGGAGCACAGAGAGGACAUCGCUGAGAUCACUGAGAGGGAGGCAGAGGUGUGUAACCAGAUUAUCCUGGUGGAGGAUGUGUUGGCCAGGCUGUGUAAGACCACAUACCCUCUGGCAGAUCUUGUAGCCCGGCCGCUGCCCGAGGGUGUCGACCCUCUUCGCCUGGAGGUCUACCUGUCUGAUGAGGACUUUGAGGGUGUAGGGGCAUAUGGAGAGAAAGCCCUGGACAUGACCAGAGAAGAGUACGGGGGUUUGCCCAGCUGGAAGCAGGUGAACUUGAAGAAAGCUAAAGGACUUUUCUAAAGGUUUGAAACAGAGAGCUGACCUGAAGACAUCAGGAAAAAAAAGCCACCAAGAUGUUGUUCUGUCUCCUCUUUUGUUUACGGGUCACAACAAUGGCUCAGGGGCUGCCUCUCCUGAGUCGACCCUGUAUUGGAGGGUUGAGGAUGGGACGAGAGGAGUUACGAAGGCGCGGAGGAGACGAUCAGAAGACGAGAGGUGUGCCAGCUUCUCGUCUCAGUUUCUGUCUCCUCUGCUUUUGGUGUUGGUGUUUUGGUUCUGCAAGUUGGAGACAAAUGUAAGUGGAUGCAACUCUGAGUGGAUGUGUUAAUAGCGCUUCUUUAAAGUCACACUAUUAAUGUAUUGUACAUAUGUACCAUACCCAGGACAGCCAGUGCCCUUACAUUGUCAUGCAGCCAUCUGUUGGAGUUGCAGCAGGUCUGCUAGCCUGUUUGACACACUCCUCAUCAGACUCUCUGCUAUACCUGUAUGUAGGUUUGUGCAUUAAAAAUAAUUUAUAUUUAUAUCAAAUCCAUAUAGGAGUUUUUUUUUUUUAAAAGCUUCCUGAAUAAUCACUGAGCUAAAUAAAUUGUAUAAUUAAUAUUGAGGAAACUUGUGUCAUAUGUUGUUAAAUAUUGGAUAUGAAGGUAAUCCUCUCUUGCUGUACAGUUCACCAUUUGCCACUUACAAAUCAAAAUGAUGCAGCUUCAUUUGGAUGCCGCUAGUGUCAUUGUUUCAGAUAGAAGAAAGGACGUAGGCUUGAUUAAAGGCAAAGAUAGGCAGUGAUUCUGAAAUGUAUUUGAUUUUUAAAUCCUACAGUGUAUAGUGCCUUGCUUGUGUACAGUUUAUAUACAGACCCUAGUCUGCAUUUUGAAGACUCUUUGUGAUAUAAAUAACUAUUAGAGGAAUAAACCCUGCAAGUUGGAUAUCAGAA